AUGAUCCCGUUCAUCUUCUGGCGCGUGGGGCUGGCGCUGCUGGCGACGCUGGCCGCGUUCCUGCUGUCCAGACCCAUGAUCGAGAUGCUGCUCAACGCCAUCCGCUCCCGGCUCGACAAGCGCGUGCGGUGGAUCGCGGACGUGCAUCACUACAUGCUGACGUACCUGUGGUGGGUGCUGUUUCUGGUGCUGGUGCGCGAUGUGGUGGCCCGCUACAUUCUGGACCUGGGCAGCGAGAAGGACGAGGUGAUGCAGUACCUGAGCUACCUGAUCGCGGUGCCGCUGGUGAUGGGAACUUUUGCCCUGCGCAAAGUCGUCACCAAUAUAUUCAUCCGGUACUUCAAAUGGGACCGCUACUCGUCGGACUACGACGCUCGGAUCUUCGUCAUCACCGAGUCCAUCAAGUUCGUGUGCGUCGUGUUCAUCCUGAUCGAGAUUUUCUACAUUUUCUUCCUCUCCAACUCGUUCAUGCGGUUUCUGCUCGUCGUGGGGUUUCUCAGCGUCGAGUUGGUUGCCGUUCUCUCGGGUUUUACGGUGCUGAAGAAUGUGGCGACGGGCCUCUUCCUCAUCUUUGCGGAGCCCUUCCGAACGGGUAGCGAGGUCAAGGUGCGGCACUUACUGGGCUUCAUUGAGCGGGUAUCACUCGCCCGUACAACCAUGCGCCGCACGGACGGGUCGAGGAUAUUUGUGCCGAACGGAAUCUUUGCUGACAAUUACCAGACAAGUGGCAAUGCGCUUGACGCGCAUACGCACUCGCUUAUGCUGCGUCUGCACCCUACGACUCCCUCUCAUAAGAUCAAGGAGUUCAUGCGGGAGCUUCAGGCAGUGUUGCCAACGUACGCUUUGACCAGUGAGGCGCUUGCUGCUAUACGCAGAGAUCGGCGAGAGGCAUACGCGAUCAGAUCAAGCAGUGCCAGCAGCGACAGCACCAGCGCUGGAAGUGACGAUAGCAUUUUAGGAGAUCGACACCAGUCAACUGCAAGCAGCAGCACUGGGACACCCCGUUCACGUGCACGGUCGAGUGCAACUUCGAGCGCGUUUGAUGCGACCGGCCGACCGAUUGCACCUCCUCCCCCGCCGGUGCGUGUCGAACUCCACUCGAUGUUCAAGGUGAAGGUGGUCGUCCUGAUGGAUCGCGAGCGCUUCACCUCGCUCGAACAGGCGAAAACAGAGGUGAAUUUUGUCAUUAUCGACACGAUUCAGCGGCUCCGUGUUAAUGUGCAGCAAACGACACGUUGA